AUGGAGACAGGCGGCUGGCAGCGGGAGCUGCUCCUUGCCUGGAUACAGGAAGGGAAAGAGGAGGCACUUACCACAGGCUGGAGGCUAGAGUCUGUGGGACUGCGGCUGGCCUCGCUGGCUCGCCUCGCUGCUGUGGGUGGCAGCAGCGGACACUGCAGCCGGCCAGAGCGUAGAAAGGCGAUUGGGUGUGCUAUGCCGGGCUGCGCUGCCCGCAGCAGCGGGGGGCGGGUUGGGGGCACUAUCCUGGGCUGUAUUGCCAGCAGCACCAGCGCACAGUGUUUCCGCAGGAAUCCUGAGAAUGGCAAGGUCCGCAUACCCGCGGUGGUUCCCAGGCCCGCCCCCUCUCGCAGCUGCAGCCCCACCUGCCAGCGCGUGCCGCCUCCGAGCGACUUCCGGGAGCCGGGCGGCCACCGCGGUGCAGGCGCGCGCCCAACGGCUUUGCGAGGCUCACUCGUCACCACCAAGAAGUUGUUCGGCUUCAGAAGCCACAGGGGCCAGACGGUCCUGGGCACCAUAGACCACGUCUACACGGGUUCCGGGUACCGAAUCCGGUACUCGGAACUGCAGAAGAUCCACAAGGCAGCUGUCAAGGGCGACGCCACGGAGGUGGAGCGCUGUCUGGCGCGCAGGAGCGGAGACCUGGACGCCCUGGACAAGCAGCACAGAACUGCUCUACAUUUGGCCUGUGCCAGUGGCCAUGUGAAAGCGGUCACUCUCCUGGUUAGCAGAAAAUGCCAGAUUGAUAUCUGUGACAAAGAAAACAGAACGCCUUUGAUACAGGCUGUCCAUUGCCAGGAGGAGUCUUGUGACAUUAUUCUGCUGGAACGUGGCACCAAUCCAAACCUUAAGGAUAUCUACGGCAACACUGCUCUCCAUUAUGCUGUGUAUAGUGAGAGCACCUCACUGGCAGAAAAACUGCUUUUCCAUGGUGCAAAUAUUGAAGCACUGGACAAGGUGCCACUGCACUCCAGCCUGGGCGACAGAGCGAGACUCCGUCUCAAAAAAAAAAAAAAGAUGUUGGAAGAAGAAAUAUUAAAUCUUAAGACACAUAUGGAAAACAAUAUGGUAGAACUUAGUAAACUACAAGAAUAUAAACCGGAGCUAGAUGAAAGGGCAAUGCAGGCAGUAGAAAAAUUAGAAGAAAUCCAUUUACAGAAACAAGCACAAUAUGAAAAACAAUUAGAGCAGUUAAACAAGGGUAAUACGGCUUCACUAAAUAAGAAGGAUCUCACACUUAAAGAUGUGGAAUGUAAAUUCUCCAAAAUGAAAACUACUUAUGAAGAGGUUACAACCAAAUUAGAAGAAUACAAGGAAGGCUUUGCAGCAGCAUUGAAAGCUAACAAUUCCAUGUCAAAAAAAUUAACGAAAUCUAAUAAGAAAAUAGCAAUGAUCAGCACCAAGCUCCUUAUGGAGAAAGAGCGGGUGAAAUAUUUUCUCAGCACUCUUCCUACAAGGCGAGGCCCAGAGUCACCUUGUGUUGAAAAUCUUACUAGUAUAGGACUCAACUGAAAAUAUAUUCCCCAAAUGCCCGUAAGAAUUCCUACUUCAAACCCUCAGACCUCAAAUAACUGCCAGAACUACUUGACUGAGAUGGAGCUGGACUGUGUGGAACAAAUAAUUAGAGAAACAAAGAGAACUGUUGCUGUGUUGGACACUUGCUCCCAUCAAUUUUCUUCUCUAGAAUCCACUGCGCUGGAAUGAAUAAUUUUUUUUGGAAGCAGAGGUGGAGCCACUGAGGAAGCACAGGCAAGCCCUCCCCAGCGUGUACUCACUGGUCCCCAACAGAAGAACAGCUGCCGCAUCCACUGAG